AUGGCGGUGGAAGGGCGUGGAAAAGAAGCAGCGGUGCUCUCUGGGAAUGUUCCCCAGACAAGUCUCUUCCUGCUCCCCGUGUCUCUGUCGCUGGAGGUGUCUGUGGGAAAGGCCGCCACCAUCUACGCUGUCAAUGGCACUGAGAUCCUGCUGCCCUGCACCUUUUCCAGCUGCUUUGGCUUCGAGAACCUUCGCUUCUGGUGGUCCUACAACAACACCGAUACAUUCAAGAUUCUCAUAGAUGGGACUGUCAAGAAUGAGAAGUCUAACCCCAAGGUAAAAUUGAAAAAUGAUGACCGUAUCACUCUGGAGGGUUCCACUAAGGAGAAGGUGAACAACAUUUCCAUUCUGCUGAAGGAUGUGGAAUUUAUGGACACUGGCAUAUACACCUGUCAUGUGAGGAACCCCAAGGAGUACAAUCUUCAGCACCAGGCUGCCAUCUUCCUCCAAGUCGUUGACAAACUGGAGGAAGUGGACAACACAGUGACAGUCAUCAUCCUGGCGGUCGUGGGUGGAGUCAUUGGGCUCCUUGUCUUCAUCCUACUCCUCAAGAAGCUCAUCACCUUCAUCCUCAAGAAGACUCGAGAGAAAAAGAAGGAAUGCCUUGUGAGUUCUUCAGGGAACGACAAUACAGAGAAUGGGUUGCCUGGCUCCAAGGCAGAAGAUAAACCACCCACAAAAGUGUGA